AUGCUGCAAAUUGAAUCUCUUGGAGAGUACUUCAGCUCUAACGCCAUUUAUUUUGACCGUAUAUUUGCAUCGGAUCUCAGCCGCGCACACAUCACAGCAGCCGGCAUCUGCAAUCAACAGCCGAAAGGCGAGAAUGGAGAACGCAUUCUGACACCCAUUAUAUCUGGCUACCUGCGAGAAAGGUCUUUCGGCUCGCUAGAAGGAAAGCUCUUGGCUAAUACAUCUGCAAAGCCUGAGACUAAAAAAAAAGAGAAUGCGCAGUCUGCUCCCUCCAAUGAUUCAUCUACUCCACAUGUGGAGAUUGAGUCGGUGGUUGCAAUGCGACAGCGUGCUAUCUCAUUUCUGAAUGAACAUAUUUUGCCAUCGCUGUUUGAGUGUCCAGAUGCGGAUACAAACGUGGCCAUUGUUUCUCAUGGCGCGUUCCUGCGCGUUUUUUGGAAUCGAAUCGUCGAACUCUUCGAUCCUACGAGCAUAUCCAUAGACCCCAACAGUAAUUAUUGGAAUGAUGGGCCAGCGGCGUUCAUAUUGCCAAGUUGGUCCAACACGGGCUUCUUGCAAUUGUCAAUUCAACCAGGCAAAGAAGCUGCGGGGCAGAAGACUUCUGAUCCGGACAUCCUCUUGAAAGGGUGGGCCGUGAGAAUUGUUGCUGUUGAUCGCAAAGCGCACCUUGAGGGGCUACAGCGGACUCGUGGUGGAAUUGGAAGUGCUACGCACGAUUCUUCACAGAAGAAGAUUGAUCAGUUUUUCAAGAACUAG